AAUCGUGGCUUUUCUGUGCGUCAGUCCUCCACCAAUCCAUUGAUCACCAUUCGCACUGCUGACGAAUUGGAAGAUGGCCAUUUGACUGCAGACGAUGAAGAGGAUGAAGGUGAGGACGUCGAUGACAUUGACCUCAUUGCCGAUGAUCUUGGCUUCGGGCCCUCAGGCAACCUUGUUCUUGGUGCCGGGCCAAUGGCUGAGGCUGCACCUAUUUCUCGACGUAAGCAAAAUCUAGCUUCCUUGGCCAGGCGUCCUCAAGUAGCCAGUGUACACCAUCAGUUUCCUGCUACUUCUAUCAGCGUUACUGCUUGCUCUGCCGUUGGAGGUGAUUGCAAAGAAAAUUCUUGUUCGAGCAGCCAUCUGGGAUUUGAUAAAAAGGGUCUCCUUGUCGAAACAGGCAAAGCAGUGGGAUCACAAAUUCACUAUUUUGGGGAUAAUACUGGAGUCCCUCACCAACGAAAAUCCUGGAACUCAAAGUCAAGUAAUACUGUUAGUCGACCACUUAUAUCUUCUCAAGGCCCUACGGAACUUUUUGAUCAGACUUGUCGCAAACAACCGCAACAGCAUAUUUCUUGCGGAUUUCGUGGUGGAAAGAAAGAUAGUGCCGAGGAUACCGACAGUGCUUCUGACGAGUCUUUUGAAAUUACUGUCGAUAUUCCUUACUGCUGGCCCGAAAAUCUUAUCAACGAGCACAAUUAUUUCCACAUCCCAGCAGUAGGAAGUGUGAUCAAGUAUCGUAUAAGCACGAAGUCGUCACAUCCUAUUAAUAAACAUCAAAAAGGGCACUCCAAGGCACCUGAAGAUGAAUCUCAAGCUGGUGACUUUAAACCACAGUCACAACACACCUCUACUUCUGUAAUGGCCGGGACAUUGAAGCGCGCCUUCUCAUCUGGAGCGAAUUCUAGUGAAUUCGCAGGUUCUUCUAUUCAAGAUACUUCUGCUCCUGCUAAAAAGACAAAAAUUUCCUCAUCCUCCUGUCUUCCCGCAUCUUCAGAUUCUCCUAGCACUAAGAUUCCUGUAGAUUCAUCUGUACCAGUUUAA